CCCACCUCUCCUCUGCUCUCGCCUCUCCUCUCACCCCCCUCCCUUCCUCCAUCCCUACCCACAACAGUACCCCCCAGCCCCAUCCGACACACAACCUCUCGCUCCUUUCCACCCCCCGCCCCGCAGUGAACAUGGCAGCGACAGCAAGGAGGAAAGCAGGAUAGAUAGAGAGAAGGAGAAAGAGAGAGAGUGAGAGUGAGAGACGCACACAGAAAGAGUAAGCGAGCGAGAGAGAGAGUGUGUGUGAGAGACAGACAGCAAGAGGAGGCUGCCGUUUGACAGGGAAUAGCUGCUGCCGUUUUUUCGCCUUUGCAGGAGGCUGCAGGACCAGGAUUUGGGCACAACGCUUACGAGCAGAGCCCCCUAGCUGGAGCCAUGCAGUCCUUCAGAGAGCGGAGUGGUUUCCAUGGCAACCAGCACUGCUACCAGCAGGAACCCCAUGAAUUAUCACGCCUUGAGAGUUACAGACAUCAUCACGGCCAGACCAGACAGGGCUACGAGGCGCACUCUCUGGCUGUUGCAGGGAUGCAAACAGCGGGCGAAGGAUCUAAAGACUGUUACGGCCAGCAGACUUACCCCACCUAUAGCAGCAGCUCAGCCCAGACCAAGAAACCCUACAGAGGAGGCAAGGCACCGAGCCAGCACCUGCAAUCUGGCUACAGCAGCCAUAUGAGUUCUGGAUACUCGGCUCAGUACGUGAGCGAGGGACACUUGCAGAAGUGGGAUGAGUCGGCGCAAAUGUCACAGUAUGAGCAGGACAUAGUGGGCCGUCUCGAGCCUGGGGCCAGCGGGUCAUCGCAGUACCUCGAGCAAAACAUGCUAAGCAUUUCUCAAAGUCAGUGCCAUCUCCCCUCCCAAUCCUCUGCCCCAGUCUAUACAAGCUCCCAUCAACAAGGCCACCCUCCCAAUCCUACCCCUCCAUCUCCUUUGAUGUACCCACAAAGCCACCUUCACUUUCCCCAGCACUCCCAAGCACCCUCCUCCACCUCAUCGUCCUACAUGGAGAAAUGCAAUCCAAUUCCUCAUGGCUACAAAAGUGGCUACGGAAUGCCUCCUAAUGCCCAGUACUCAAGGCAGCUGGCCAACCAUAGCAGUCUAAAGCAGAGUGGAUACAGACCACAGAACAGCUAUGGCUACCAGCAGCCCCCUUCAAGAACAGGAUUUGAACAACAGACUUCCCUUCAAGGAAUGUCAGGUACACCAGAGAACCUUCAGAAGUUCCAACAUUACAAUCAGCCUCAACAGAAUUACUGCAUCACAGACAUUUCCGUAAGGUCACCCGAGCAGUACUACCAGAAUUGCAGUCCAAGCUCCAGCCAUUCACCUGCACGAUCUGUGGGCAGGUCUCCUUCGUAUAGUUCCACUCCUUCCCCCUUAAUGCCGAAUCCUGAUUCGUUCCAAUAUGGCCAGCAAAUAAAUCCCACAGCUUCUGCCUCUUCUUCAAAUUUGCAAGACCACAGCAUGCUAAUGCCUCCGCACACCCACCCAUCUCCCAGUGUGAACCACCAAUCUCAGAGCUACUCGAGCUCUAUGAAAGAACGUUUCUCUGAGAAGCUUUUGUCCAACCCGAGCUUGUGGAGCCUCAAUGCUCUGACAUCUCAGGUAGAAAACAUCUCGAAUAAUGUCCAGCAGUUAUUGCUGUCAGAGGCUCUAAUGGCCAACAAAAAAGGUAGCAAACGAAACCCACCAAAAAAAGGAGAUGAAUAUAGAGGACAAUUAAGACCAAUGGAGGAGUCUUCAUGUCCUGAAAACCAACAUGGUGGUCCUCCCCACACUGAUGCUUUUGGCAACAGAUCCAUGCCAGGUGAGAUACAAGAAGGAGGCUACUCCAGCAGCACUGAAGACCAGAUGGAAAGGAGCUACUACUACUUUGGCCAGAGCAAAGGGCCAGCACAGGCCUCAGCACAUUCCCAGUUGAGCCUAGACACAGUAUCUACCUGCUCGCUGAACUCAGCAGAUGACAUGUCCGUCAGAUCAGGUGACUCAGUUCGGAGUCUGCAGAGUGCAACCUCCGAGGAUAAUCUUAGCUGUGACCCUAGAGUGCAGAGAGUGCCGUUUGGAGAAGAACAGAAUAAUUCUCUUAGGAGCAUAAGAGAUGAGAGGUCUCCCAUUAGUGUAACAGCCCCAAGCCCUAUGAAGCAAGAGAGCAAUUCUCCACUAGAUGUAAAGCAAGCUGAGAGUACUCUAAAGGAGAACUUUGAGGAAUCUGCCUGGACUGAGAGGAUGGCAGAAGAAAAGGAAAUUGAAAAGAGAAAGCUGUCCAUAGAGCAUGAAUGCAAAGGAGAAGUCAUGGAGUCGACUGAGAAGCAACAGGAGUGGUUGAAGGAGGAGAAAUGCCCCUCCCUUUUUCAUAAGUUAAAUAAAGCCGUGUCAGAGGAAGGCUACUCUUAUGAAACAGAUGACAAUGUUUAUCAGGAACUGAAGAGCAAAUACGAAGUAGAGGAAGGAGAUUUUGGUGAAAAGGGCCAAGGCCAUUCAGACACCAGCUGCACAGGAAAUCAGGAUUCAGAAAUGAAAACUGAAAUGUUUAAAUCAGAACCACAGCCUAAUGUUGAAGACACUGUAACAUCACCAGCUUUUUCAAGAGAUGACCAAGAGUCAGAUCAAUACUUACCUGAGAAAGAGGAAAACUCAGACACACCCCAACUUACGUCUCAGGCUUCAGAAGAGUCUUCAGAAGAGGGGGUGUCAGUCACUGAGAGCCUGAAUGACUCCUUUGAGCAGGAGCAGCCUGUCUCAUCUCAUCUAGAUACUGAGUUGAGAGAGGAGAAGGGGAAUCUGACACCCACUGAAGAGGUGGUUAAUAAUACAGCAAAACCAGAGGAGUCCUCUGCAGAAGACUGUAAUAUGCCAGGGGAGGCAGCAGAUGGACCACUAGACAACACCGAAACUACAGAGACCAAUGCCCAAGACAAGGUCCUCAGAAGCAGUGAAAGGAGGUCAGCCAUUUGUGACAUUACACCUCAGUCUCACUCUGUCAAGACUGGCUUCUCAGCGCUCAAUGAGAAAACAACACCUCAGACUCAGGCGAGGGAUCACAUCGAUCGCAGCGAUGCGAAGGUGCUGGAGCCUGAUUCUCCUCAGUUGCCAGGCAAGUCAAUAUUACACUCUGCACCAUCUUGGGCUGAUACUCCACCAUCCCCACAGAAAGGAGAUGAGGAUAUAGAGCCAGGUAUAAGCUGCCCCUGUGCAGUAACACCAUCAGCAAAGCCAGAGCCAGUGGCUCCAUCUUCGCAUCCAAGACUACUGGGCAGAAAGCAUGCAAGAGGCAGAAGAAGAAUAAUCCAUUCAAAUGCAGGGAUCAGGAGGCAGCCAAGUGUAGAGGGAGAUGGAGUCCCACCAUCUCCUCAAAAGCCCAGUUUGCCCACAAGUAAUAGUGCUGUCUUCCCUGAUCAGAUGGAAGCUGCUCAGCUAGACAUUAGCAGUCAAACGCCAAAACUUCUGCCAGAUGGUUUACCAUCCCGGAUGUGUACUCGCUCUUUCGGGUCACAGAGUACCCCAAAGGUUUCCUCUCCAGAAAGAAAAAAACCAGCUCUAAAACCUACUUCAAAACCUGUCCCGAAAGCAGGGCCAAAGCCAGGACCAAAGCCUGGCCCAAAGACCGUUCCAAAACCUGGCACAAAGGCUUCAAUAAAACUAGCUCCAAAACCAGUUUUUAAACCUGCUCCAAAAACAGUCUCAAAGUCAAGUUCAAAAUCUGGCCCAAAGCCUAGUUUAAAGCCUGGACCCAAACCUAGCUCAAAAUCUGUAGCAAAAUUAGGCCCAAAGCCUGGGGCUGUUCCAAAUGUAAAACCUGGUCCAAAGCCUUGUGCCAAAGUUCCAGCAGCAAUACCUGCUUUGAAGAGUAGUCCAAAGCCUGGCACAAAGGCUACAGAAGGAAUUGUUCCUAAAGGCCCUGGUCGACCCAGAGGGGUCAAAUCUAAGAUAAAAACAUUAAUACAUGAACAUCCAGACAAUGUGCAGACUGUUACAGAACAUAUUAUAAAAGACACAAAUUUCACCAGUGAUACAACUGAACAACAAGACAACACAGCUGUCACUGUGUCUGCAGUGGGUGGUACUACUUUGGACACCUCUGCUGGAAGCACCGUUGGUGCCACUCUGGAAUCUUCUGUAGAAAGCACUUCUGUUAAACCUUCAGCAAACGAUCAAAAGUCCAUGGUAUUGAGAUCCCGGAAACAAACACUAAUAAAAUUAACAGAAGACAAGGAAAAAGAAAAAGAGGCCUGUACUGAGACAUCAUCACUGAAACUCCCUGAGACACAAAUACAGGAAAAACAGACUGCAGCUCAGCCAUGUGACAACCAAACAUCAAACCAUGAGGAUGUCUGCACAGAUUUGCAGAGUCAACCUAAUAUGUCUGUUUCAGUAAAACGAAAAUCUAGUUUACAGACUUCAGAGCCUUCAGUGAAGAAAAAGAAAGGUGUCAAAGCUGGGAAAAAAACAAAAACACUUGAUCCAACUUUAAAAACUGCAGUAGUUGCUGUCAAAGGUACUAGGGGGAGGCGAAAACGAGUACAUCAAGCGGAACCAUCCGAGUGCAGCAUUCUGACCAAAGAUAACACUUCCCCUGAAGAUAUCAGUGACACACCAUGUGUGCCUCCUCAGUGUCCUACUAAAACAAAAUAUCUACCACCAAGGAAAGGCAGAGGACUAAAAUAUGAAGCUAUGGUUCAGAAAAUCACAUCUCCAGCAUCCAAAAAACAGCCUCUAACUAUCCAAACAGAUACUCUACCAGAAGAAUCAGCAUUAAAGACUGCACCAGAACCACAGGUAACAGAGAAGAGAGAGACAGUAAAUACCCUAGAGGUGACACCAGUGGAAAGUAACAACACAGUUAGCACUGAGGACACCCCAGACACAGCAGGCAUCCAGACUCCUAAGAAGAAGAGGAGAAAGUGGGCUACUGUUGAGUGCACUGACACACCGGAUGUGGCACUAGAGACUGGGAGUCUUAUUAUCAACACACCAAGGCUAGCCAAACAGAGAGCCAUCAAAAAUAACCAUGAAAUGCAUCUAAAGCAACGAAAGAAGAGGAGGAAAGAUGUUGAGCUAGCGAACAGUGUGCCAAUUGUUGAACAGCUUGAGCAGACUGAAACUGAUGUACCUCCCGCUCCCCAACCAGCUUCACCCUUACCAACACCCCCACCUCCAGAACCACUAACCCCACCACCCUCCUCUCUCUUAGCAGACUCUGUUGAGAAGACUGAGAGUGAACAGCCUCCCACGGAAAUUCCUCCUUUAAUCAUCAAACCCAAAAGAGGUAGAAAACCAUCGCUUAAGAAGAAACAGGAGAAGGCCUUAAGUCAAUGCCCAGUAAAGGAAGAAGGUCAAAAGGUCAAAAAAAAGCCUGGGCCUAAAAAAAAGACCCAAGCAGAUACUAACGUCAUCAAAGUCACUGUAAAGGCCCACAAGCUCAAGACCAAAUGCAAAAAGGAGAGUAUUCCUACUGUAAAGGCAAAGUUGUCAGAUUUUUUGACACCACCAGAAAGUGAAGGCAAAAGCUCUUUUAAACCGUAUGUACGCAUUGACAGCUCCAGAGAAUUUACUUCUCUUUGCACAAUUGUAAACAGGCCAGAGGAAGAGCAGCUGCUCGCUCAGGCAAAAAAAAAGAGCUCAAUGAAAAUUAAAAAUCCAGUCACAUUUACCAAGGCAAAACCAGACUCUACAGUAAUGCUCCAGGGGCCCUUAGUUAACAAAAGCCUAACUGACAGGUGUCUAGUAUGCUGCCUGUGUGGAAAGCCAGCAAAUUACAGAGAGCUCGGGGACUUAUGUGGCCCGUACUACCCUGCGGAUAGCAUACCGCGAAAAACACUGUCUUUAAUGCACCAGGAGGACUUGAGGCAAAACCGAAACACAGACAAAGACAUGGCUACCAGCUGCAGCACAGAGCAGAUCAACACUCCGAGGAAAGACGGAGCAAAGGAUCCGCUUCAAGAAGGGACGAGUGAAGGAGAUUGCGGACAGCCGAGAAGAGAAAGAAGGGCACAACUUAGAACUCGUCUUGGCUUGCGGAUGAGGUUCAGAAGACUGCAGCUGUUGCAGGGGACAACUGGUGGAGCAGCUCCCUCUGCUGGCGAGGAGGGCAGUGACUCUGCUCUGCAGAGGUUGCAACAGGACGCUGAGGCUAAGGAGCACUGGGCACAUGAAGCCUGUGCUGUCUGGACCAGUGGUGUGAUCCUGGUCUCAGGCAAAGUUUAUGGACUGAGGGAAGCUGCACAGGACUCCACGGUCACUAAAUGUUCUAAGUGCCAGAGUGAGGGAGCCUCCAUCAGAUGCCAAUGGAAGAACUGCACUCACACGUACCAUUACGUCUGCGCCAAAGAGUCAGGCUGCAUAUUCGAAGAGGACACAUUCUCGAUAAAAUGUCCAAAACACAAGAGCUGGAGAUGCCCUGUUGUGGUCCUGUAGGGUCCUGACCAUUGAUGAACAGGGUGAAAGGCGGCGUAAUGUAAAAGCUGUAAAUCACCGAAGCUGCGGAAUGUCACCUGUGCAGUGCUGCAAAGGACAAGCAUCAAUCAGCUCUUAUGGCACUGGACAUCACCACAGGCUAACUCACUGGGCUCACUGGAACUGAAACUGGGGCUUCGGCUGAAGCACAAUGGUACUGUAGCAAUACAGAGAGAUCUGAGAUAGGAUCAGAUCAGAUAUGAUCAGAUCAGAUCGGAUUGGAUUGGAAUGGACCAUCUACGCUCUUACUGUAGGCGCCUGGCACCCAUCUCUGCACCCAAACCCUCUUUUAAAAGCCCCAAGCCCUAAGCCCUGAGCCCUGAGGCAACCACUGCCCCUCCCCCCAACCCCUUCCAUCUCUACCCUUCCUUCAGCACCACAGCCUGGACAGCUCCUCUUUCUCUUUCUGAGACUCCGAAAGGGAAAAAUAGAGGAGCAGAAAUGGAAAGCUUCUUCUGAAAAAACGAGAAAAAAAAUUACAAACAAAGAAAAAAAAACCUUGAAUGUGCCAUUCUUUCCUUUGAUUUCUUUCUUUCUGUUUCCCCUUAAAUCUUUCUUUUCUGGAACGGAUGCUAUCAGCCGGGGACACCUGGAGGCGGAUUUGGCCGGCCGCCCUCUCCGAGGGCCCAAAGCCCCGCCGCUGUUUGGCACACAGACGCGUACGCCUGCCUGUUUUCCAAGCGCAUUUGGAUUCAAAGAUGUCAUGCAUCAAGCAACCCACUGGAUGUAUUUCAAUGUAUGCUUAAGUGUUAUUAAGAAAAAAAGAAAAAGUAAAAAAAAAAAAAACACAAAAAAAAGAGAGAAAAAGAAAAUUGUACAUGGCGUGCUAUACAGGUCUAAAUAUUCUCAUAUCUGGAAAAAAAAAUGAAGAAAUAUAAACAUAUUAUUUUAAUAUAAUGCUCUUCCAAGAUGUAUUUUGAUGUGCGUUUCUCAACACAUGGCAGCACUUAGGCCACAUCUGUCCAGCGAGCGCAGUGUUCCUCCUCCAGAGGUCUUCUCUUCAACGCCCAUUUAUGUCCAUCCAUCCAUCCCUCCAUUCAUUCACUGCAGCAGUAUGUAUGUAUGUGUACAGAUCUGCUGUGAUCCGCUAGAGAUUAACAAGAGAAAAAAAGAGAUAGCGAAACAAGAGAUGGCCUUCGUGGUAAACUGGAGUGUGGCCUGUAUUUCACAGCUCGUGACUCACUUUGAACAAAGAAUUUGAAUCGCAAAGACCCGAAGACCUGAAACCGGAAGGAGGACAGUUACUUCACUAAGAACAGUGUGUUUUUCCAUGUCUGCAACUUUGUGUGCUGUAUGUGACACGACCAAUAUGGUAGACACCACGUAAUUACGUACACACUCAUUACACAGUGUAACACAUCAAGCAUCACUACACUACGCCACUCAGUUCACUACAGUAAGUACUACAGUAUAUAAAGGUGACGGAACCAUCCUGUUAAAUUAUUCUUAUGAUUCUUAAUUCCGAGUAAUUGUGUAUAUAAGUAUUUGCUGCUGUUUAACUGUAAGAUGUGAUGUACUAUUAUAAUUGUGUAUAGUAUUUCUUAGAGAUGUUUAUUUUCUAUAAAAAAGAAGAAAACAAGACGAUUAUGUUAUUGCAUAUAAAACAUUAUUAAAAACAAACCAAUUCGAAUGGACUUUUUUUUCCCAGAAUUGUAUUUCUCCACAUGAACCGUAAGAGCUGUUGCCAUGUUUUACGAGCUGUUUGGAAAUGUUUCCUUUUAUUUCUAUUCUUUUUUUUUUUAUAUUUUAUUUGUACUGCUGCCAUCAAAUAUACUGGAUAUGUGAACGUCCACAGCUGUCUUUUGCCGUUGAGAUCAAAAUCUCCCUUUGUGUUCUCUUCGUGUGCUGUUGUUGGGAGUGAAACAAAGCAAUCCAGAGCUAUUAUCCUCAGAGGAUGUCUACAGGACAAAAGAGCCCAAAUUAUAUUUAAAAGCAAACAGAGACGCAGCACAGCGCUCUUCCUUUUAUUUCCCCGUGCUUGUACUGGAGCUCGUACAAUAAACAUAAACAAUAAGCGUUAUUUACUCUGGCGUGAGCUGGCCUGUAGCGUAAUAGCUGCGGUGAAAUGUUCUCUACGGCAUGAAACAGUCAUUCAAUAAAGGGCGAAGUUGCUAACUGGAGGAAAGGUCAGUGGGUUUUACCAGUAGGUUGGUUUUCACCAGUAAAUCUUUAGUUUAGAGUUAAAAAAUGAGUUGAAUUAAUCACAACGGAAUUUAAUCUAAGAUUA